GACCAGCCAGCCAGCCAGUCAGCCAGUCAGCCAGUCAGUCAGUGAGUCAGUGGUCGGGGACGGAGAAUCAUCGCACCCCAGGCGGCAUAGAUGUACAAAACCUCUGGAAUAAGCCGUGCGCUGGACAGGCCGGAGCCAUUCACCGUGGAGGACAUCGUCUUUAUUUAAACCGAUCCAGAAAAGGGGGGGGGGGAGCGCGCGCGGAGCGGAGCCACGGUGCGAGCAUGGCGGUAGAAGAAGAAGGUCUCCGAGUUUUCCAGAGCGUUAAAAUAAAAAUAGGCGAAGCCAAGAACAUCCCUCCCUACCCAGGACCCAACAAGAUGAGGGACUGUUACUGCACUGUCAACCUGGACCAGGAGGAGGUCUUCAGGACCAAGAUUAUUGAGAAAUCCCUCUGUCCCUUCUAUGGGGAGGACUUCUACUGUGAGAUCCCGCGUAGCUUCAGACACCUCUCGUUCUACAUCUUCGACAGGGACGUCUUCAGGAGGGACUCCAGCAUCGGCAAAGUUGCAGUGAAGAAAGAGGACCUUCAGAAAUAUCAUGGGAAAGACACCUGGUUUCAGCUACAACCUGUCAGCGCUGACUCAGAGGUGCAGGGAAAAGUGCACCUGGAGCUGCGUCUGAGUGAAGUCAUUACAGACAAUGGAGCCGUCUGCCAUAAACUAGCCACGCGAGUAUUGGAGUGCCAAGGUCUGCCAAUCGUCAAUGGCCAAUGUGAUCCAUAUGCUGCCGUAUCCCUUCUAGGACCCUCCAGGUCAGAAGCUAAGAAGACCAAGGUGAAGAGGAAAACCAACAAUCCCCAGUUUGAGGAGGUUUUCUAUUUUGAGGUGACACGGCCGCUGAGCUACACCAAGCGGCACUUCGACAUCGAAGAGGAGGAUGUCGACAAACUGGCCCUGAGGGUGGACCUGUGGAACGCCAGCAACUUGAAGUUUGGAGACGAGUUCCUGGGAGGGGUGCGCGUUCCUCUCAGGGUCCUGGGCCAGGCUGGGGUCCACGAUGCAUGGUACUUCCUCCAGCCACGGGAGAAUGGAGGGAAGUCGGUGAAGGUGGAGGAGCUCGGCUCUCUGCGCCUGAACAUCGUUUACACUGAGGAUCACGUCUUCCCCUCAGAACACUACACACCCCUCCGGGACCUGCUGCUUCACUCCGCCAACGUAGAGCCCGUCUCGGCGUCCACAGCUCACAUUCUGGGGGAAGUGUGUCGGGAGAAACAGGAGGCGGCCAUCCCCCUGGUGCGUCUCUUUCUUCACUAUGGCAAGAUCGUGCCUUUCAUCAGCACCAUCGCUCACGCCGAGGUCAACCGUACACAGGAUCCGAACACCAUUUUCCGAGGGAACUCGCUGACAUCCAAGUGCAUUGACGAGACCAUGAAGUUGGCAGGCAUGCACUACCUGCAAGUCACACUCAAGCCAGUCAUAGACGAGAUUUGCACGGAACACAAACCUUGCGAAAUUGACCCAGUCAAGCUGAAAGAGUCAGAAAACCUGGAGACCAACAGGGAAAACCUUCGCCAGUACGUGGACCGCAUCUUCAACGUUAUCACCACAUCCGGCGUCCGCUGCCCCACGGUCAUGUGCGACAUCUUCUUCUCUCUGCGAGAAUCCGCCGCCACGCGUUUCCAAGUUGACCAAGAUGUCCGGUACACAGCUGUGAGCAGUUUCAUCUUCCUGCGUUUCUUCGCUCCAGCCAUUCUCUCCCCGAAUCUGUUCCAGCUUAGACCCCACCAUCCAGAUCCCUCGACCUCUCGGACCCUCACCCUCAUCUCCAAGACCAUCCAAACCCUGGGAAGUCUAGCCAAGUCUAAAUCUGCCAAUUUCAAAGAGUCUUACAUGGCUGCAUUUUAUGACUACUUCAAUGAGCAGAAAUAUGCGGAUGCUGUGAAGAAUUUUCUUGACCUGAUCUCGUCUUCUGGGAAGUGGGAUCAGAAGAGCAUUGAGACGCCCAUCAUGCUGAAGGAGGGAUUUAUGAUAAAGCGAGCGCAGGGGAGAAACCGGUUCGGUAUGAAAAACUUCAAAAAGAGGUGGUUUCGUCUCACCAACCACGAAUUCACCUACCACAAAACGAAAGGUGAGGGCGCCCUCUGCAGCAUCCCCAUAGAAAACAUCCUGGCUGUAGAGCGGCUAGAGGAGGAAUCCUUCAAGAUGAAAAAUAUGUUCCAGGUCAUCCAGCCAGAGAGGGCGCUGUACAUCCAGGCCAACAACUGUGUGGAGGCGCGGGACUGGAUCGAUAUCCUGACCAAGGUCAGCCAGUGCAACCGCAAGCGCCUGAGCACGUACCAUCCGUCAGCCUACCUCAGCGGCCACUGGCUUUGCUGCAAGCACCCGGCCGAAGCCGCUACCGGGUGCACGCCCUGCACCGGUGGUCUCCCAGCCAACAUCCAGCUGGACGUGGAUGGCGACAGAGAGACGGAAAGGAUCUAUUCCUUGUUCAGCACGUACAUGAGUAAACUGGUCAAGAUGCAAGAGGCCUGCGGCAGUAAGUCUGUGUAUGACGGGCCAGAACAGGAAGAGUACUCCAGCUUUGUCAUCGAUGACCCCCAGGAGACCUAUAAGAUCCUGAAGCUGAUCGUGUCAGCCGUGCAGACCUUGGAGCAACAACACACCAAAUACAAACGCGACAAGUUCAAGAAGACAAGGAUAGGCAGCCAGGAGCAUCCGAUCGGAGACAAAAGUUUUCAGUGCUACAUCCGCCAGCAGUCUGAGAGCUCAACUUAUUCCAUCUAAGCCUUCGCUCGGUGUGCUGUCGCCACGAUGCCCCAAAACCAGCGUGUUUUACCUCACUGCAAGAGAAAUAUCCAUGUGGAACAGGUCAUUUAGUCCAGUGCAUUGUCUUAUUUUACUUCCCACAAGUUACACAAAAAAAAAAAACAUCCGCCAAUGGGUAGAGGUAAUCUCAUUAGUUUCCAAUUCAAAUUAACUAUUUUUUUUUCUCUCUAAGAAUUCUGUGGAAACAAAUGACAUUAUGUUGACGGCACUGGAAACAUCCCUGUCAUUGCAUUGUCACUCGUAUAAGAAAACUCUUGUACCAAAAACAGCAAAACGAUCUCACUCAGCUGGCAGAUUUUGUUUUUCCACUUCUUUUAAAGGAAAACAGGUUUGUUUGUUUUUUUCAGACUCGGUGUGAGACCAAAUGCCUUGAUGAGAUGGGUAUUUUUUUUGCAGUGUUCAGGCACCGACGACCUGAAAUCUGUGGGAGAGAAAGAGGAACUGUUGUGGACGGAAACAGGAAUGAAGAAAGAAUCACAACAAGCGUCUAUGUUGGGUCUUCUUUCUGUGAUGUGCUGGGAGAGAAAAAAGAAAAAAAAAGUUUUCACUGGACAAUUUUGACAGUGACCACGCACUUUAAUCGACUCCAAAUGUAUGGAUGAACAAGCAUCGCAGCACACUUUAAAAAGAAAAAAAGAAAAAAAAAGAAGAAGAAGCUUAUUUUAUCUUUUUUGGUUUUUAAUGGUUUUAAUGGUAUUUUAAUGGUUGUUAAAAUGUUCCUUUGUAUUUCAAGACUUGCAGACCAAACAUUUAGAUAGAAGGACUGUAUUUUCCCUCUGGGUAUUGUCGUCCCCCGUGUAUGUGUUUCGUCCCCGACGUCCUCAGGAAGGCUGUGAAGGAAGAGGGUACAAGAAGGGAUCAUUGGGACCAACUGUAGUCCAUGUCGGCUCCAUUUUAGCUGUUGAACUCAAUCCAUUGAUAAUUGUACCCCCCCACCCCACCCCACCCUCUCCCAUUACCAUCCCCCACCCCAGCCCCACUGCACCCCAUUAGCCUUUGUUACCAUGAAUUUGCUAAUGCGCAUCAGUUCAAGUUUUAGCUUUUAAAUCAAGAGACCUGUUCUGUAGUGCUGGGCGAUAAGGAAAAUAUUAUUCUCCCAAUAAUCGUGGGAAUUUCACACAAUAUCAGCGCAUAUAUCGUGAUAUCUGCUUACAUAUGCAAAUAUACAUAUGUUGAGAAUAUAAUAAACGAGGAUAUAAUAGACGUUCAUCACAUCUGACCUGCUUGGUAAUGUAUAACGUAUAAUGCCAAACCAAAACUGGUUUUCUAACAACACUCGCCUCGCGUUUCAGGCCCCAGUCUGUGAGAAAUUUCCGGAUUCUCGUUAUCGUUCAUUUAGACGACAAAAUUGGGGUAUCUUGACACGACGGUAUCCGAAUUCUAAUCCCGAUGCAGUGCCAUCGGAGGAAAGAUAAAACGAUAAUAUUGAAUUAUUUCCCAGCCCUACUGUUCUGUUGUGUUUGGGUUGUUGUUGUGUGCUCUUGUGCACGCAACAACGUCCGGCUUUAAACAACACAAAGCGGGAAGUGCGCUCUUAGCUCAGCUAGCCGUCCGGUUCACAAAGAGGGGCGAGCGUCGGCUUUAAUUUGACCUCUUCCUUUGGCGGAUACUAUCUGGGCCUGUCAGCCAAACUACAUUGGUGAACUGGAUAACCAGGAAGUGUGCGGUGCCGCCGCUGCUGCUGCUGCUGAGCGUUUCGCCCCGUUUGCUACCUAAUAUUGCGUUUUCCCUGCUUCGUGAGACAACAGUCGUUUCUAAUUUGCUUUUGGAAAACGGUCCCAGUGGGUUUAAACCCUAUUUUUAUGUAUUCCUGUGUGCUAACGCCUGCUGUGAAUUGUAUUGGUUAGCACCCCAGAGUCUGUUGGAGGGUACAAGGUUUCUCGGUGUGCGUCGUGACAUCUUUCGCAUCGGCACUUAAAACUCUCACGAGCACGCACACCAAAUCGCUUCAUUUGCAGUCUAAUUCUGGUCCGUUUUGGUAGCCGGAACGACAACUUCGGUGACCAGGUGACUACAAAGUAUAGAUUUGGAGGUAAUUUUGUAGUAUUCCCAAAAAGAACUACCUGGAUUUCUACCAGCUAUGUAGUCUAGGCGACUACAGAACUCUGGAUUUACAGCUAAUUUUGUAUUCCCAACAAUAACUUCCUGGGUCUCUACCAGUCGUGUAAUCUAAUGGGUGUUCCAAUGGCAACACGAUUCCAAACAGUGCCAGUCAUCGCUUUUUCUAGAUUUCCCUUUUUGGAAAAAAAAAUCAUCGUUUAAAUGUUUUUAUAGCUUAAAACGAAUACUGUUUUUGAAAACAAAUCAGCAGUUAUGUCGAUGACACCUUUUACUUUCUCUCUAAUGUUGAUGAACAAGCUAUAUGGAAACUUGUCAACAUAUAACCUGUGUUUUCUAUCUUGUCAUGUCAUGCAGGACUCUCUCCCUGUAUCUGAAUAGAAUCAAUGAUUUUGUCUUUAUGUAUGCCGGUGUGUGUGUGUGUGAGUGCGUGCAAGUGUGUGUGUGCGUGCAAGUGUGUGUGUGUGCAUUUCUCGGUGUGUGCAUCUGUGACUGACAAAUUGUGCGUGGGUUUGAAACAAACACUUUGAUGGGUUGUAUUGCCAAUUGAAUUAGUUCAGUGUUAUGGGACAGGCGGCGUGUCAGUCGUUGUCCGUAGCGCUGCCUGCUGUUACAUAUGAGAUGAUAGUAGGCUCAUGGAUUCACACUGUUACAGUUAACCAACUUCUGCUCGGCCCUGAUAUUUUUGUCUUCUCACCUUUUCUCUUGCAUACAGUCUCUGUUCCGUUCGAAGGAACCGAUAUGGUGGCCCCCGAAAAGCUUUGAUUUGUGUCCUGCACCCGUCGGAAACAUGACGGGAGCAGGAUGACUAGCGUGGCCUCAGACCUUGAUGCGGGGAGGAUGUUUGGGUCUUUCGGUCCUUUUCUUUCCUCAGGGUCAGGAAACGAAACACUGCGAGUUUUAUUGCCAAGACUGAGCAAACACAAGAUUAGAUAUCAAUUGCUUUUAUUACUCAUUCCUAAAUUGGUAAUCAUAUUUAUUGUUGUUCUCAAUUAUUGUCCUCUCUCACUCCCUCUGAAAUACCUGCUGAGGUGAUCAGGCAGUUGCGGUUAAAUUCAUCUAUUCUGAAAUGCAAAAUGUGUGACUUAUGCAAUAAUGAAUCGUCAGCAUGCAAUAAUAUUAUCGACCACCCUUGAUCAAAUACAAAAAUUCAGUUAUGACAGAAUGAGAACAGUGUAUUUUGUAUAGAUAUUUUGAAAGUAUUAAACUAAGCCUGUUAUGUGUACAUAAAACAGUUGAAUGAAUGGUGAAAAUGUGAUGUGUUUUCCUCCUGAAUAACUAAAUGAAGAUGAUAUUAAUGCAAA